AUGGUCAAGCUCAACCCCCUCGCCGCCGUCCUGGCCGCGGCUUCGCUGUCGUCCCUCGCCUCGGCGCAGACCUACCAGCGCCUCGGGACGUGCCCGGACCUCGGCUGCGUCCUCCCGCCCGACCAGUCCGACUUCCUCCCCGGCCAGACCUUUGACCUCCGCGUCGAGGUCCACGCGCCCGUCAACGGCUCCGAGGCGUUCAACAACGGCGUCCCCGAUGAGGCCUUCACGGCAACCAUUGCCAAGGAGGGCGGUGCCGUCAAGAGCUUGACCGAGUUCUUCGGCCUCGAGGAGCCCAAGCUCGAGAAGUGGUCGUUUGGGUGGUACGAGGACCUCUUUGCCGAGGACGCCAAGCAGAAGAGCGUCGUCAACGUGGCGUCCAAGAUUUGGCGCCGCCUCGCGCUCUAUGAGCCUGGCAACUACGUCGUCACCCUCACGUACUACGACGGCAAGAAGACCACCGCCAACUGGGUCGUGCGACCUCUGGCGACGGAGAAGAAGGCCAAGAAUGUCAUCUUCUUUAUUGGCGACGGAAUGACCACCAACAUGGUCACUGCCGCCCGUCUUCUCGGUCACAAGAGCAUCAAUGGAAAGUACCAGACCAGCUUGGCUCUCGACAAGUUCCCCGUCAUUGGUCACCAGAUGACCCAUUCCAUUGACAGCUACAUUACCGACUCUGCCAACUCGGCGUCUGCGCUGUACUCUGGUCACAAGAGCACCGUGAACGCCAUGGGUGUCUACGUCGACUCUUCCCCCGACGCCUUUGACGACCCCAAGGUCGAGACUAUUGUCGAGCUGAUCCACCGUAUCUGGGGCUCCGCCUGGGGCGCCGUCUCCACGGCCUUCAUCGCCGACGCGACACCCAUCGCCCUGACGGCGCACACCCGCGCCCGGUCCCUGUACGGGCCCCUGAUCGACCAGGCCCUCAACGGCAUCACAAACUACACCUGGACAAAGAUGACCGGCCCGGACGUCUACCUCGGCGGCGGCGCCGAGCAGUUCUACCCGGGCAAGGGCUCCUACCAGGGCAAGGACUACUAUGCCGCCUUCGCCGACAAGGGCUACAGCGUCGCCCUCAACAAGACGUCGCUCGAAGCCGCCGACCCCAACGAGCGCAUCCUCGGCAUCUUUACUCAGGGCAACCUCCCCGUCUGGCUCGACCGUAAUGUCCUCACGGAGAACCUGGCCAAGCUGAGCAACGAUCCCACGGGCAAUAAGAGCGCCGCCGCCGAUGUUCCCGGGCUCAAGGAGAUGACGCUCAAGGCCGUCGAGACGCUGCACAACCGCGGAGGCGAGCGGGGCUUCUUCUUGAUGUCCGAGGCCGCGUCCAUCGAUAAGCAGAUGCACGCCCUCGACUACGACCGCGCGCUGGGCGACCUGCUCGAGCUCGACGACACCGUCAAGGCUACGCUGGAGAAGCUCGAGGAGCUCGGCAUUCUUGAAGAGACCCUCGUCGUCGUUUCGUCCGACCACGGCCACGGCUUUGACAGCGUCUUUGGCAACGCCGACACAAAGUACCUAGCUGAGCAAAAAGACGACCGCACAAAGCGCAAGGCCGUCGGCGUCUACGCAAACUCGGGCCUGUCGCAGUACACCGUCGAGCAGCCCGGCGUCUCGUACAACACGGGGCCCAACUUCCCGCUCAACUGGUCCCCGCGCUACGCCAUCGCCGCGGGCUUCGGCGCCAACCCAGACCGCCGCGAGGACUACAAGGUCCACGCCGACGGCGCGCGCACCCCGGCCGUUGCGGCGACGAAUACCACGGACUACUACGCCAACCCCAAGGACGCCGUCGACGGGUUCGUCGUGAAUGGCACGCUGCCUACUAACGAGGCGCAGGGCGUGCACUCGUUGACGGACGUUGCUGUGUGGGCGAGGGGACCCUGCCAGGAGACGUUUGGUGGGACGUAUAGCAACAUUGAUGUUUUCUACAAGAUGGCGAAUUGUCUUGGUCUCGCGCAGCCUAGGAAUGCGACGGCGCCUGGGGCUGGGUGUGCGAGGAAGGCUAGGGCUCUCCAUGCUUGA